UGAUUUUUUACAAUUGUUAAAAACAAUUGUAACGCAAUUUAUGAUAAAUUCCAUCUUUAGUAUUCUAUAUUGUUUUGAUGAAUUUACUUUCAUUCAUUUUUGCUUUAAUAUCUUCAACACAUCAUCCAUUAUUUUUAUACAUAGUUGCAAUUAUUUUAUCUCUCACGUGCCAUCCACCUUCAUCCUCUCAUUUUUACAUCAGAUUUUGGUUUAGAGCCAAAUUGCUUUCUGAGCAAUUUGGGAAAAAAAGUAUAUACAUUUGUGGAUUUUCGGCAACUGCUUUCACUACUCAAAUUUCUUUCCUGCAUUAUCCACUUACACUAUCGGCGGCUGUUCUUUUCAAUGCAAGAUAUUAUUUUUUUAGCUAUGUAUCCUAACU